UUGUUUCAUGAAUUGUGAAAAUCUUGAUAAGAUUCUAGUCACACCACCCUCCCCAACAGAUGCCAAACCUUGUUUGAUGUACAUAUGCACCGACAGAAUUGUAGUUUUUCUCUUAAUUUUUCCCUUCAAUUAAUCAAAGCCGUCCAUCUGUGUAAUUGCUCAGAAAUUGCUAGGAGAUUAAAUAAAGCAAACACUGCACUUGAUCUAUCUCCCUGAGGCGUUCACUAAUUUCCUGGUAUCUGCUCUGAGGAACAAAUAAGAAAUAGAUAAACCUUCUGUUUUUCUUGUCAGAUGAAGUGGUGCUUUAUUAAUCUGGUUGUCUUUGCCCCCACUAGCAUGAGAAGGGCUGCUCAGCAUGGCGAAUGCCGGCACCGACAUGAAUGGCUCACAGUUCUUUAUAACCACGUUUCCCACACCACACCUGGACGGCAAACAUGUUGUCUUUGGCCAGGUGCUGAAGGGAAUGCGGGUGGUGAAGAUGCUGGAGGGGAUAGAAACAAAGGCCGACAAUCCAGUCAAGCCCUGCAUCAUUGCUGAAUGUAGAGAACAUAAAGCAGGUGAUGACUGGAGCAUUGCACUGAAUGACGGCUCGGGAGACAGAUACCCAGACUUCCCCGAGGACUCUGACAUGGACUUUAAAGAUGUCAUUAUAUUUCUGUAUUUUCACUUGCAUGUAUCCUACAUAUCACCUGUGCCAUAA